CGCGGGUGCGGUGGACCGGGCGGCAGUGGGACUCCGACAGACGGACCCGCGCGGCACGCAGCGACCAGCCUCGGGCUUCACGGUGGAAGAUGCACAGAGCAGAUUCACCCAAACCACCAGUUGCUCCCAAACCGAAGGUUACCACCAGUCCUUCUACGCCAGCAGCCAAGUUUCCACCGUCACCCAGGCCUGACAGUUUCCCCAGUCCUAACUUCAUGUCCAGGGGCCCCAAACCUCCCAUUGCUCCUAAGCCCAGGCUGGCUGGCCCCAGUGAGUGUGGAACUGGUGUGUACCUGAACAACAGCCUCAGCAAAUGCAGCAAUGGGAGGCUGCCCUGCCAGGACCGGGACCUGUGUGAUGGGCACCUCUCCACCCUGAACUGCUCUGAGUUGGAGACUGAUGAGGAAUACAUCAUGGUCCCCAGGGCCCCACAGAGAGAGGAUGCUCCCAUGGAUGGGGCUGCUGGGGAGCAGGGGAUCGAAGAGGAAGCCCAAGAGCAUGGUACAGAGCAGAUGGGGACUGAGGGGGACCUGGCAGUUCCAGACGAAGAGGCACCAAGCAGAGACAACGAGGAAGAUGUGGGCCACACUCCGGAAGGUGAAGAAGACUGUAAUCAUGAUCCAGAGACCCCAACAGCCCCAGAUGAAGGGGCGCUAAGCAGAGAUAAUGAGGGAGGUGAGGAAGAUGGUGACCAGGGCUCAGGAAUGGAGGAGCAGCCCGUGAGUGAGGAGGAGGAGGCGGAAGAGCACAUGUACAGCCUUGAUGAUAGGCCUCGGGGUGAAGAGGAGUUCGGCCACAGAGAGGUCAUUCUCACACAUGUCUGCUCUGAGCCCUCUGAAGUCCCCUGUUGGGAGCCAGGGCUCGCUGAGACUCCUGGGGAAGUAGAAGAGGAUAGUAAUGAUGAAUGUAACAACACAGAAGCUGGGGAGCCCCACCAGGACACUGAACAGGACACAGAAGAUGCCAGUGUGCUAUCCCCUGAAAAUGGGGAGGUGCCCCCAGAUAUCCAGGAGCAAGAGGUGGCAACUGACAGCCCUGAGAUCUUUGAGGAGGACUGUGAAGGUGCUGCAGGAGGUGGGGGCCAGGCAGAGCAGGAGGAACCACCUGCUUGUGAUGAGGAAGCCUACAAUAGAGAAACUGCAGCAACCGCCGUGCAGGUAGGGGAGAACUCUGGAGAGGGUGGAGAGCAGGACCAUGCUGAGGAGGACCCUGCUGAGGAGAACUGCCAGAUCAUCCCCUUUGAGAGCGCCAGCAUGGAGGAGGAUUUCGCGUCCACACUCACAGAAAGUCCCUAUGAACUCUUCCCAACUGAGAGCACAUCCUUCUGCAAUGACAUCUGUUCCCUUUCGGAGUCAGCCAAGGGGCAGGAGCCAGUGUGCAGAGAGGGGGCUCCUGAUACCGACCCUUCACUUAACAAACACGAGCCUGUGCAGGAUGGAGCUGGAGAUGCACCCCCUGUCCCCGAUGUGGUGGUUGUGCCAGAGGAUGAGGAUGCUGCGGACGAUGCACUCAGCAGUCCCUACGUGAUGGGAGCUGGCUUGCUGAACCUCGGAGAGGGAACACAGUCAGACACUCAGGCUACGUCAGGCACUCGAAGUGGGUACAGUACCUGGGAGGAAGGGGAUUCUGAGGGUGGCCUGGUCCCAGUGGACAGGAAGAACAUUGUCACAAGGGCCCGGCCCCACUCUGGGAAGGUGGCUGGUCAUGUUCCAGAAACUGUUCUAGAAGAAAUAGGACCAGAAGCCUGUUCAUCAGCUGUGGGCACUGGAGACGCCAGUGAGGCGGCGAGAAGGAUAGGUGUGUUGCCAGAGGGAAAGCCCCCUGAGUCUGGCCGGGCCUUGCCAGCCAAGCCCAGGGCAUUCACUCUGUACCCAAGGUCCUUCUCUGUGGAAGGCCGGGAGAGUCCCCUGUCUUUGUUCCGGGAGCCAGAGGGGGCUGGGCUGGAUGGCCACCGUGUGAGAAAGAAAGAAGACAGCCUCUCUCUGCCGGGCGCCAUCGGCUCCUCUGGCAGCUUCUCACAACGCAGCCACCUGCCAUCCAGUGGCACCUCCACGCCAUCCUCUGUGGUUGACAUCCCGCCCCCUUUCGACCUGGCCUGCAUCACGAAGAAACCCAUCACUAAGAGCUCCCCUUCACUCCUGAUAGAUGGCGACACCCUGGACAAGGCCUCCAAGAAGAAGAAAUCCUCCUUCAAGCGCCUCCUGGAGCUGACGUUCAGGAAGAAGACGGAGAAUAAGGUGCAUAUGGACAUGAACCUGUCGUCUUCCAGGUCCUCCUCUGAGUCCAGCUACCACGGCCCGGCCAGGGUCCUGGAACUUGACCGCAGGAGCCUCAGCAACUCCCCCCAGCUCAAGUGUCGCACUGGGAAGCUCCGCGCCUCUGACUCUCCCGCCUCCCUCAUCUUCUACAGGGACAGCAAGAGGAAAGGGGUCCCUUUCAGUAGGACGGUGUCCAGGGUGGAGUCCUUCGAAGACCGCUCCCGACCACCCUUCCUGCCCCUGCCGCUCACCAAGCCACGGUCCAUUUCGUUCCCCAAUGCCGACACUUCGGACUACGAGAACAUUCCUGCCAUGAACUCGGACUAUGAGAACAUUCAGAUCCCGCCUCGCAGGCCGGCGCGGGCCGGCACGUUCACAAAGCUGUUUGAGGAACAGAGUAGAGCCCUGUCUACGGCAAAUGAAAAUGAUGGCUACGUGGACAUGAGCAGCUUCAACGCCUUUGAGAGCAAGCAACAGAGUUCAGAGCAGGAAGCCGAAAGCGCCUACACUGAGCCCUACAAGGUCUGUCCCAUCUCAGCGGCUCCCAGAGAGGACCUCACAUCAGACGAAGAACAGGGAAGCUCAGAGGAGGAGGACAGUGCUUCAAGAGACCCCAGCCUCACACACAAGGUUGAGGGACAGUCCAGAGCCCUUGUCAUCGCUCAGGAGCUGCUGUCUUCAGAGAAAGCGUAUGUGCAGAUGCUGCAGCACUUAAGCCUGGAUUUCCACGGAGCUGUCUUGAGGGCCUUGGAGAACAUAGAGCAAGAGGGCAGAGAGCCACUGGCCCAAGAGGAGCUGCGGCAGGGCCUGCGGGAACUUCCGGCUAUCUGUGACCUUCACCAGGGCAUCCUGGAGAACCUGGAGCAGAGGCUGGGGGAUUGCAAUGGGGAGGGCCAACAGCCGCAGGUGGCCGACAUCUUCCUGGUCCGCGAGCAGGAAUUUGAACACCAUGCCGCACACAUCCUGCAGUUUGACAGGUACCUGGGGCUGCUCGCUGAGAGUUGCCUGCUCUCACCCCGGCUGGCCACCACCGUCCGGGAAUUUGAGCAGAGUUCCCAAGGGGGCGGCCAGAGCAUGAAGCAUCGGAUGCUGCGUGUAGUCCAGCGCCUCUUCCAGUACCAAGUGUUGCUCACUGAUUAUUUAAACAAUCUGUGCCCGGACUCAGCCGAGUAUGACAACACUCAGAGCGCUCUGACUCUCAUCUCCAAAGUGACAGACCGUGCCAAUGAAAGCAUGGAGCAAGGGGAAAACCUGCAGAAGCUGGUCCACAUCGAGUACAGUGUGCGGGGCCAAGGGGACCUCCUCCAGCCAGGAAGGGAGUUUCUGAAGGAAGGAACGCUGAUGAGAGUGAGAGGCAAAAGCCGACACCCCCGGCACCUGUUUCUGAUGAACGACACGCUCCUCUACACACAUCCCCAGAAGGAUGGGAAGUACCGUCUGAAGAGCUCGCUGCCAGUGGCCAGCAUGAAGGUCAGCCGCCCCGUGAUGGAUAAAGUGCCCUACGCUCUGAAGAUCGAAACUCCUGAGACCUGCCUGACACUGUCUGCGAGCUCCUGCACAGAGAGGGACGAAUGGCACUACUGUCUGAGCAGAGCCCUCCCGGAGGACUACAAGACCCAGGCGCUGGCUGCCUUCCACCACAGUGUGGAGAUCCGGGAGAGGCUGGGGAUCAGCCUCGGGGAGAGGCUUCCCACCCUGGUACCUGUCACGCACGCCAUGAUGUGCAUGAACUGCGGAUGUGACUUCUCGCUCACCGUGAGGCGCCACCACUGCCACGCCUGUGGCAAGAUUGUGUGCCGGAACUGUUCUCGAAACAAGUACCCACUGAAGUGCCUCAAGAACCGGAUGGCCAAGGUCUGUGAUGGCUGCUUCCGGGAGCUGAAGCUGAGGAAUGGGCCUGUCCCAGGCCCCAUGAGAGAGCGUCCAGUCAGCAUGAGCUUCCCACUGUCGUCGUCCCGCUUCUCCUCGGGCAGCACCUUCUCCUCCGUCUUCCACAGCAUUAGUCCUUCAACUUUCAAGAAGCAGAAAAAAGUCCCUUCAGCCUUGGCGGAGGUGGCCGCAUCUGGGGAGGGCUCGGCCAUCAGUGGCUACUUGAGCCGCUGUAAGAGUGGCAAGCGACGCUGGAAGAAGCUCUGGCUGGUCAUCAAGGGCAAAGUGCUCUACACCUACCUGGCCAGUGAGGACAAAGUGGCCAUGGAGAGCAUCCCUCUGCUGGGUUUCACUAUUGCUCCAGAAAAGGAGGCCGGCAGCAAUGAAGCAGGACCAGUCUUUCACCUUUACCACAAGAAAACCCUGUUUUAUAGCUUCAAAGCAGAGGACAGCAGUUCUGCUCAGAGGUGGAUGGAAGCCAUGGAAGAUGCCAGUGUGUUAUAGCAGUCACCAGGCACAUGGACUCACAAAAAAAAAAACCCCUCUUACAUUAACGUGUGAACCCUUCCAGAGGCUGCUCCUGGUCUCAGCUCAUCUGGAUGCACGCAUGGGUUUAUGGGUUCUGCGGGGGCUUGACCUUUCCCCUCCCAGGUAGAACCCUAAGGGAUAUUUAUGGACCUCUUUUUUUCUGCCUCCAUGUUUCCCAGCCCCCAUCACAAACUGUACCCUUAUCUAAAAGUGAGUUAGAAUUUAGUACCUUGAAGACAUGGAAACCAAGAGAAAAGGACAUUUAGCAACAUGGACUUUUUUUUAGCAGAAACUGGCUUUUCCUGGUUUUACUCCUGGCGAAUAGGACCACUUCCGACUUUCUGCAAUGUCCAUACGGUGCCUCAGGUGAUGUGGGAACCAGCCAAAAGGAACAGCUGCUCAUAGAAACACCUCACCAUCCUGCUGAGCUGCAGCCUACUGUGUCUUCUGAGAGAUGGACAGGAGUUGGCCACAGGCAGGUCCAGGGACUCGCUCACUGUGGAAAGUUGACUCUUACAGCCUUUCAGCGACUUGCCAGGCUUAGGAGGGAGGGGAGCCUCUUCCCUUCCUCAGGUCCUGCCACCUGUACUGUUGCAACUCAGCAAGAGAGUGGUUCCCUUCCUCCCAGAAUCUUCAGCACCACACCAGGGCUUCAGCAGCACAGAGCCCUCCAAGAUAGAUGGUCUACAUCUGCUUUCAUUUCUGCGUGCCUUCCUGUGUAUAUGCUGUGCACACGGACCAUGCUGUUGAUGGGAACACGUGUCCUCGAGCUGUGUCACCCAUGCCAGUUUACUUUUUGAGAGUGGCAAAGAAGAAAAAGAGAAGUGGGUCAUCAGAAAGUGGUCUGGGCAGGUAGAUGGCAGAAGCACUGUGUGGCUGGAAAUCACUUUGCACACCUAGGCUGAACCACCUUGGAGCUGGAAGAUGCUUUGCACACCCAGACAAAGUGCCCCAUCUCCCUCUGGGCACCUCCCUCUGGGCACGUGAGGCAGAGCCACCUCCUGCUGGUCAGUUCUUUACGCUGGAUGGAUUUUACACAAUGUAUUGAGGAGGGACAGGAUUCCUCCUCAUUCUCACCGCCUCUGAAAAAAAUAGUUAUUGUCGUCAUUUCCUGAAAUCUCUUAUUACCUUCCCUCCUAUAAAAAGGAUUUUUGUAAAACGUACCAUCUCAAGGACUUAUUUACAUUAAAUAUGUUCAGGGAUUUCUUUUUCUAGUUUGCAGUUCUUUUUAAAUGUUUUGCAGUCAGCGUAUAAUUAAUAAUUCAAGUCGGAUGGACCCACAGGUGUUCCUGUUAGCUUCUGAGAGUGUCAUCACCCUAGGAUCCUUCCCAGAGUCACUCACAUGUGACUGGGCCGACGAGACCCAUGAACCUUUAUGGAGUGGAGCAGGACUCGAGUAUAGCAGUCCCCCUUUGCUACGGUUUCAUUUUCUGUGAUUUCAAUUGCUAGGGGUCAACUCUGGACUGAAAAUAUUAAAUAGAAAAUUCUAGAAAUAAGA